CUGUCAGGGCUGCAACAAAAACGUGCGUGAGAAAAUAAUAGAAAAAUACAAACUCUACAGAAACGCCGCCGCUAAAUUUUUGAGUCAGGUAAAGUCGGCUUGCUCAUCCAAUCACCUUGACAGAGGCGCUGCAAACGAACAGCAUGCACUACUAUACAUUACUACACUACGUAUACUAUAUGUGCUUUUCCAGAGAGACUGUUGUGAAACCUCAUAUAAAUACGUUAUUAGCAUAAAUCGUUCUGAACAGUCAGAAAUGAAGCCGCAAACAGGACGGAUCGUGAGGAGCAGUUCGCCGAGCUGGCUAUUUGCAUUGAUGCCCCUGAUGAUCGAUGCAGUUUGCGGGAGAGCUCAGUAUGCAUCACCUUAUGGCAAUGCUUAUGCAAUUAGCACAUCCAACUACGCCCCAUCCAACUACGCCAAUCCAGAUGUGCAAUCGCUAUGGUCGGGUCCUCCCAUCAUUGUGAAUGAUAAUCAGUUUGGUGCCCAGGAACAGCAGCAGUAUCCAAAAAGUAAUGUAUAUUAUGGCGGUGCACCUUCCACCUACAGACAACCAUAUCCAAAUUGGAGGAGCGAGCAGCCAACACGUGCUCCCAAUCACAACUACAACAAUGUGCCGGGCUACUUUUACUAUCAACAACAGGAGACUACACCCUCAACACCACUGCGAUACCCCCAAUCUAUACCACCGCAGCUCCAGCCAUAUCCGCAAAGAAAUCCGGAAUUGGAUACCAGCGAUUCGCGGCGCGAGGAGGAGGAGCAAGUGGUGCGAAUUGGCGGCAGUCGCUCCCUGGCCACAAAUAACUAUCAAAAUACGUACAAUAAUAACGAGAAUUUCUAUGAGCCCGCCCAGCCCUGGAGGCGUCGUGAUAUUCAGGCCAAAUAUGCCCAACAUUUCGCCGAAUAUUUGCGUAAAUAUCCCAGACGCCUGCAGCCAGUAUACAGCACCAGCGAAGAUUUCGAUGAGAAGUAAGGCGUACACCCAGCAUUUUACCCUGCGCAAAUAGCAAAACCAAAUUGAAUAAAUCCCCUCAAGAGCCAUUAGGCUUUUCGUUGAAAGCGUGCCAAGAAAACAAUUUUUGCCCUCUGCUCGGAACAGAUCAAUUGCAUCCGAUGAAGAUAAAGAUGCAGCUGCUGCAGAGUCAACAUCCACAUACAGUAAAUAUUGGUUUAGCCCUUUAAAAGGCAGGAAAAAGUUAUUGUAUGUCAAGUAACUAUGCAUAGAUAGUUCCCUAAGAGAUUCACAACAAUAAAAGUUUGUUACAAAAAUU